AUGUCUCUAUUAAGAUUGUUGCCCAAGGCUACCAAGCCUCUACAGCAGAGAAUUGUCACUGUGACUCCUAAAAGAUUCUCUCACAUGAUCUCUGUUCACAGAGACACCCCCAAGGACAACCCUGAAAUCCCAUUUGAAUUCACCAAAGAGAACCUAGAGAGAGCCAAGGAAAUCAUUGCAAAAUAUCCUCCUCAAUACAAGAAGGGAGCUGUGAUGCCCCUCCUAGACUUGGGUCAACGUCAACUUGGAUUCACGUCCAUCUCUGUUAUGAACUACGUUGCCAAGUACUUAGACAUGCCUCCUAUGAGAGUUUACGAGGUCGCAACAUUCUACACCAUGUACAAUAGAAAACCCAUGGGUAAAUACAAUGUUCAAGUCUGUACCACGACUCCUUGCCAAUUGUGUGGAUCCGAUGGCAUAAUGAAGGCUAUCACUGAACAUUUGCAAAUCAGGCCAGGCCAAACGACCCCAGACAACCUUUUCACACUGCAAGAAGUUGAGUGUUUGGGUGCAUGUGUCAAUGCUCCAAUGAUCGCUGUUAAUGAUGACUUUUACGAGGACCUGACUCCAGAAAGAACCGUUGAGAUCCUCAAGGGGUUUCAAUCCGGCGAUAUCCCCAAACCUGGUCCAGCUGACAGACACAGCUGCGAGCCUCACAGUGGACCUAAGGUUUUGACAAACGAGACUCCUUACCAUGUCAAGGACUUUAUUAGAGACGAUCUGUAA